CGCAAGACGACUGCUGGAGAACUUCCUGGCCGACUUUGAACCCAAUUGCUUUGAGGAGGAUCUGCUAUUGCUGUUCUCGCUGCUGCCGGAGAUAGCCAAUAGCGUUAGUCUGCAGGUGCUCAAGAACUUUGCCGAAAAGAUAGCAGUCUACUGCUUCAAAGAGUCGCAGCUAAAUGAUUUUGUAGAGGGCUGCUUAUUUGAAAAGUUUUUGGAUAGCGUCAAGUAUAUUUUUUCGGAUAAAUGUGACAUACCGGAAGUGCUAGAUGUUUUUACGCUCAUUGUGGAACGCUAUAUGGACUCAAUGAAUCUGGAUUCGAAACUAUUUCAACGUUACACUGAAGUUGUAGCCGUGCUGCAUCCAAAUGCUAUUGACGGACUUACCACACCCGCCAAUUGGUGGGAAACGCCCAUGGGCAAACUAAAGAAGGCCACCAUUAUACGCUGUUAUCUGGUGCUCUACAAUGACAAACUGCCGAAUCCGCUAAAGUGGCUUACGCCCAUUAUUGAUGCCUAUGAGAACCGCAAGGAUGAGCGUUGCUUCUUCUACAGACAUUUGGCUGCAACUUUGUAUGCUUUUGGCAGCGAUGAACAUGCCUGCAAUUGGAUUAUGGAAGUAUUUCUGGAGAUACAAAUGCUGCUCGCUGAGGCUUCCAACAAGGAGAAAUUACACAGAGCCUUGUAUUUAUUAGAUAUUUUCAUGCUGGCAACAGAUGUGCUCUCCGGCUGUGCCGUGCUGCUGGGCAGCGUUGAUGUAGUAGCCACUGAUGAUAAGGAACGUUUCGCUCUGUUUCCAGAGAGCUUACAAUAUCUUUGUGACCACAUAUUCUGGAAGGACCAAGAGGCUAAGAUAUAUGAAUUCCUCUACAAUCUCUACAAGCUUGCUGCCAUUCCUUUAACGUAUGCUGCCAUUUUUAAACAAGCCAUUAUCUGUUCACGCAACAAGCCUUACUUUGAGAACAAGGGCGUCUGGACGAAAUACCUCGGUCUACGUAAAUGAAAUAACAGCGAUUUGGCAAAAUUAAUCCCACAACGUAAAGUGCACUUAUUGUUGUUGUUCAAUUUUUGAUAGCUUCUUGUGCGUUAUUUGUUUUUAAUAAACACGUUUUUA